UCUACCUCUUGCCGUACGUGGACGUGGACAUGGGACGACGGCGACGCGAAAGAGCCGAGCAUCGCCCACGAGCUGGUGCCACUUCCUCUACUCUUCUCCUAUCUCUUGCAGAGGAAACCAGCGCCAGCGCCGGCGGCGGCGGCAGUUCUCGGUCCGCUCGGUCGGACCGAGCCAAAUCCGGAUCGGAACGGCCGUGUUAUCGGUCCCAAACGGGCCACCCUGAGCCCUAUAUAUAUAUAUAUAUAUCCGGCUGAGCCGGCCGAACCGCCGCAUCAAUCGCAGUCGCAUCAUGCCGCCCAACAAGGUCCAGCCGCCGGGUCCCGGCCGCAGGGGGCUCUUCUCCUGCCUCUACAGCGGCGAGCGCGACGAACCCCAUACCUACAACUUCAAGGCCGCCGGCGGCGAGUGCGACGACCCCCCUGACUUCAGCUUAAAGGCCGACCUCCUCGACCUCAUCCCGGACUUCUACGAGGAGGCGUUCGACCGGCUGCCCGUCGACGACAUGCCGGACGCCGUGGCCGACAAGCUAUACGAAACCAUGCGCGACGGCGGCCUCUCCCUCGGCCUCCUGGACCCCGUGACCAACAUCAUCCUCAACACCAUCGCCCUCCUUCCACGCGACCACUUCCGGCCAAACAAAGAACCGCCCGCCAAGCGGAUCAGGAGGUCCAAGAGGCUCGCCGUCAUGGUAGUGGCACAGCCCAGGGAUAGCUGGUCGUCCGGUAGAACCAUUGGGCCGUCCUGCCGUAGGGUUACCUGGCGCAGAGUUGCUCAGGCUUCCUGCCAGGCUCUCGUCAGGUUCAUGACGAGCUACUUCGGAUGCAUCACCGAAGAACAGGCCACCCGGUAUCUCCACUGGGCGGGCGCCGACCUCGCCCGCGCCGUCCUGCUCGUCGAGCAUGAUCUGUACGCUGCAGAGCUCGCGCUCCCCGACCCAGCCUCUGAGAGGACUCAGGCCGCGCUCAGGUGUGCCGCGACCCACGUGCGGCACUCCGCGCCUGACGUCCUCGUGCGGCUCCAAGUGUCGCCCUUGCCCCGUCAACGGCUCCUCGCCGCCGCCCCUUUCCUAAAGCCGGGAGGGCGGAAGCUCACCAUCGAUGAUGUCAACACCAUCAUGGAUGUGCUGCGGUACCAGGACGGCGGACCCCUCGACCUCCAGGUGAACUUGCUGCCAGGCGGGAGGGAGGUAGUCGUCUACUACCGGAACCUCAAGCCUGAUGAAGGAACGCUUGAGGUUUCCAAAAGCACGAGCUCCAUGGAUGGCUUCGACAUGGUCACCAUCAACGUCGAGCGGCAUGGCGACCACUUCGCGUCCUUGCGGUCUCCAAAAAAUAAGAGAUCCAUGUUAUCAGCUUGUCUGGCAAAGGCCGUGAAAACCUCUCAAAGGCGCGGCUUAUUGGACAGUUGUGGUGGCAAUGCCUGCGAAUACACUGAGUCUCUCAAGAUGAGGCUCCAUGCCAUGAUCCACACCUUCUAUCUCAAAGUCUUCACCAUGCUGCCCUCCACGGGGCUCAGGCUCAUCCGCGACAUCCUGUUCGCCGGCCACUGCUAUGGCCCCAUGGACCCCAUCUCUAACAUCAUCCUCAACUCCAUUUGGCACAACAUAGUGUGCUCGCUCCCACCGGCGGACACUGAGAUCGAGGUGUACGACAUCCUCGACGCCCGCUCCUUGCUUCGUGUGGAGGUCCGUUCCUUGAAAGGCCUCAUCGCCAGCGUCCGUGCAAACUCUAAGAUUGGAUCCUCCAUGCAGCGGGUGAUGGAGCACCUCUGCUGCAAACAAUGUGACUUGUCCAAGGAGAAGCACACCCUGCAACAAUUUGUUGCGGCAGCCACGGCGGCUCAACACCCACAGCCCGCUGCCCUAGGAUCAUUCCUCGCGUCCCUGACACCCGACGUGCUGGUUGACCUACGACGCUUGCUUACCACCGGCACCAAUGGUGUGAUAUCUCGUGAAUCUCUCGAUCAAAUAGAGCGCAUUUUCCGAGACAUGGCACCGCCGUUGGCUCCCGAACCUCCAAAUGAGGUGGCCCAACUUUGCAAGGAGGCUAAGGAGAUUCUUCUAGAAAAGAGAUCAUGGUAUAGGAAGAUGCAGUUAUACAUUCGCUCUGGGCUCGCACAAGCGCUGCAGAAAUAUGCCUUGGAGCAUCCUCGGGAACCAAAGUAUGUGCCGAGUGUUAUCUGUGGCGUGGAGUCCGCUUCGGAAUCCUUGGGCAGGGACUGCUACCACGUUAACUUUGUGGCUGCUCCCAAAUCAGGGGUCCAUAACCAAUUUUUCUUCGCCCAGGUCAAUAUUUCGUUUCCUGAUCAGAAGACAGAACCAAAUUUCUGCUGCCCUCUACGCCUCACACACACCGGCCGUUGCUUCUAUGGAAAGGGAUCCGCGAGGAAGAUUGUGUAUCCAGAUUCAGCAGACUAUUUUGAGUGUGAUGGUGAUAUUACUAACGGUGGAACAAUGAACACAGAUGGAAUGCUAGACACAGAUUUCAUCUUCGAUUUUAGGAGAGACGUGCAGUUUGCAGAUGAUCUGAGAAUGUACGGUGAGCAACAGAAGUUACCGGAGUGUGAUGAGUAUUAAUUUCAACAGCAGGAGCACCUAGUAGUAGGGCUUGAACCUUAUUAAGCCUGACAUAGAAAUAGUAUUAUUAAGCUUGUAUAUAAAUACUUCUGAAUUCCAUCUUGUAUUUAAUCACGGGCACAAAUCACCUUUAUUUUUCUCUUGGUCGGCGGAGGUUCAGUUUAUUUGUUCCCACAUCUGUAAGAGUAGACAUGCAA